GUGAACCAGACACGUGUUCUGUUCAAGUCUAGCUGAUAACAUAGCCCGACCUCUCUAACGACAAACAUGGCUUUUACUCUGCUUCCUCUCCUGCUGUGUUCAGGUUUGGUGCUGGUGAUGAGUACCUGCCCUUCUGAAUGGGUUGAGUAUGAUGGUGAAUGUCUUUAUUUUUCGCCACAUGCGAUGGAAUGGCAUGCAGCUGAGAACGACUGCAGAAAUCGUCCUACAGGUAGUUACCUAGUUACCGACGAUAACCAAGAAAAACAUGACUUCAUCAAGAUGUACAUCAACAUCUUUAACGCCUGGCACAAUGCGCACUUCUGGACAGGUGGGAGCGACUUUAUUAUAGAGAAUAAUUGGCGAUGGGUUGAGACUGGUGUGUCAAUAGGGUCGACAACGUACUGGGGUCAGGGACAACCUGACGGAAACAGCAGCGCUAACUGUGUGGCUUUCCAUAUGAACUCGGAUAACGACCUGGUGUGGAAGGAUGACAGAUGUUCUCAUAAAUACAACUUCAUCUGCGAACAGAGAGCCACAGACGUGACAAAUGGGGUGAUAGGAUAAACAUGUUCUCUCUAUCAUCAGAACGAAUCUAAUAAAACGUUGAAUUUGAA